GAAAGAGAGAGAGCAGCUGAAGCUGAGCUAUAGGGACAGCGAGAGAGAGAGAGACAAGAGAGUUCUUUUUGAAGCCCGCCUACAAACUUCUAAUCACACUAGCGCAGCUUGCUCUUUUAUCAUUUAUCGUGUCUGCUUGCCGUGAGAGGCAGCGAGGGCGGAGGGGAAGGGGGAAUCUUUGUUUGCUUGCGUUUUUUUGGUCCACUCUUCCUCCAAUCAACUAUGGAUGGGAGAGAUCGCUGGGUUUUAGGGCUUUUUAUGCUGUGAUACAACUCUGGAUCUGCUGUUUUCGCUGGUCCAUUCGUCUUCUCGCUCGAGUCAUCUCUGCUGAUUCUCGCUCUGCCAUGGCAUUGGAGGAUAUCCCAUAUGAUGCUCAACGAUUUAAGAAGAUACAGCGCAAGUCAUGGGCUACCAAUUUGGAGCAAUAUCCAUGGCUUGAUGAGAAUUUGGAGCAGUGGCCACAUUUAAACGAAUUGGUACAGUGCUACAAGGCAGAUUGGAUAAAAGAUGAGUACAAAUAUGGACGUUAUGACUGUGUUUCGUCGUUUUCAUUUCAAAAUCAGAUAUAUGAAGGCAUUGACACUGACAUGGAAACAGAAAUGCGACUUACUCGUGCAAGGGAUUCCGAGAUUGAUGAUUUUACUGAUGAUGAUGUCCCUAGCACCUCGGGAAGACCAAUUUCAGAAUCUUGCUCUUAUUCAUCACAUUUAAAAGAUGCAAAGCAUUUUGGUGAUUCUCCAUUGCCAGCGUAUGAACCCACAUUUGACUGGGAAAAUGAAAGAUUAUCAAUUUUCGGGCAAAGAACUCCUGAACCAUUACAAACUCAACGUGAUAGUGGAUUGAAGAUAUCGGUGAAAGUUUUAUCAUUAUCAUUCCAAGCUGGAUUAACUGAGCCUUUCUAUGGGACAAUAUGCUUAUACAACAAAGAGAGGAGAGAGAAAUUGUCAGAGGACUUCUAUUUUGAUGUUAUUCCAACGGAAAUGAAGGAGGCAUCCUUUUCUUCAGAUCGGCGAGGUAUUUUUUCUGUGGAUGCUUUAUCAGCUUCAAUUUGUCUGUUGAUUCAGCUUGAAAAAUGUGCCACCGAAGAUGGUGGUGUCACAUCAUCUAUUUAUUCGCGCAAUGAGCCUAUAAACUUGACUGAAAAGGAAAAGCAGAAGCUUCAAGUUUGGACUCGAAUGAUGCCUUACAAGGAGUGUUUUGCUUGGACUUUUGUUACACUGUUUGAGAAUCAAAAUACUGCAUCUGGAGGAGGUGCCGCUUCUCCCGGCAGUCCCUUUACUCCCAGUAUUUCGGGCUUAAUCUUCCAAGAUGGUAAUGGUGAGCCUGUUGCUAAAGUAGCUAAUGAUGGGAAACUUCCCCAGUCUUCCUCUGGGAGCGCAGUUAUUGUGGAGAUAUCAAGUUUAAAUAAGGUCAAAGAGAGCUAUACAGAGGACACGCUUCAGGAUCCAAAAAGAAAGGUACACAAGCCUGUCAAGGGCACAUUGAGGUUGGAGGUUGAAAAAUUCUAUGCAAAGAGUACUGAUUCAGACAAUCUUUCUGAAGCUGGAAGUGUUACCAACAGUUUAAAUGAUGUUGGUGAAGGUGGUGGACCAAGCGGGAAACACUCCAAUGGGAGUCUAAAGUUGAACGGUGCUGAUAGGAAAAAGCAGGACAAGUCGGCUCUACAAAUAACCAGAGGAUCCGACUUCAAUAAGUGCAACGAGGAAUUGUUUGAAGCAUUUGAUUUCAGGGUGAUGUUUAAAAGUGAGCCAUUCACACAACUUAUUCAUUGUCUUUAUCUAUAUCCGUUGACGGUCUGUUUCAGUCGCAAAAGAAACUUGUUCAUUAGGGUGGAGAUGAAGAAAGAUGAUGGGGAUAUUCGCAAACAACCUAUUGAGGCAAUGUAUCCAAGGGGCCCUAGUUUGGGACUUAAAAAAUGGGCUAAUACACAGGUGGCUGUUGGUGCCAGGAUAGCAUCCUAUCAUGAUGAAAUUAAAAUUUGUCUUCCUGCUCUUUUGACACCUCAACACCAUCUUCUUUUUUCCUUCUUUCAUAUCGACCUCCAAACAAAAUUAGAAGCUCCUAAACCUGUAGUUGUAGGAUAUGCCGUGCUUCCAUUGUCCAUUCAUGCUCAGUUGCAUAUGGACAUAUCAUUGCCAAUAAUGAGGGAGUUGGGUCCCCAGUAUUUGCAAGAUGCUGGAAAGGAGAGAUUGGAUUAUUUGGAGGAUGGAAAAACUAUCUUCAAACUACGUCUAAGGCUUUGCUCCACACUUUUUCCUGUCAAUGAAAGAAUUAGAGAUUUUUUCCUAGAGUAUGACCGACAUAUUCUUCGGACAAGUCCUCCUUGGGGUUCAGAAUUACUCGAGGCUAUUAAUAGUUUGAAGAAUGUUGAAUCCUCUGUUUUGUUACAAUUUCUCCAACCUAUCCUGAAUAUGCUUUUGAAUCUGAUUGGUGAUGGUGGGGAGACACUUCAGGUUGCAGCAUUUAGAGCUAUGGUUAAUAUUUUGACUAGGGUUCAACAAGAGUCAUCAGAUGGGGCUGAAAGGAACCGUUUUCUUGUCAAUUAUGUUGACUACACAUUCGAUGAUUUUGGCGGCCAACCAGCUUCAGUUUAUCCCGGUUUAUGUACAGUUUGGGGAAGCUUGGCUCGGAGUAAGGCCAAGGGAUACAGGGUUGGACCGGUUUAUGAUGAUGUUUUGGCGAUGGCUUGGUUCUUCUUGGAGCUUAUUGUCAAGUCAAUGGCAUUAGAACAAAACAACAUUCAUUCACACAAUAUUCCUGCAG